CUGAACUUUGACCUCAUGUGUUUGUGUCUCUUCAGCUCUGUGUCCUCUCACAGGAAGAAGAUGAUGUGCAGGAUCCUGCUGCUCCUCAUGCUGACCUGCUGUGUCUGUGCAGGAACAUUUGAAGUGAACGUGAGUCAGAGCUUCUAUCAGGCAGAGGAGAACCAGAGCAUCACGCUGGAGUGGACCUUCACACCCCAAGAUGACCCCUCACUUCACUCUCUUCGUAUGUUGUGUUUGAUGGUCACUGAUCACAAAGUCUCCACACUCUUUGAACUGAUGGGAGGAGUCGAGGUCCCAGCGCCUGAGCACAAACAGUUUGCAGGACGAGUCCACUGUGACAAAGACGUCCUCAAAGAAGGACGACUCAGACUGCACGUGUCCUCGUUAAGGACUGAAGACUCGGGGCGAUACGUGUGUGACAUGAAGAUGAAGAACGAUGCUGGUCGUGGUGAAUGCAGCCUUAAUGUGACCGCAGCUGCUCAUGAGCCUGAAACUCAGAGACCAACAGGGAGACCGGGACCAGAGAGUCGAGGAAGACCUGGCCUCUACGCUGGACUGGGACUGGUACUACUAGCAGCAUCAGCUGGACUGGCUCUCUGUGUCUGUGACAUGUGGUUCUAGGCAGGGGCCAACAGUGGCCAGUGUCCCUGUAACAAUGAGCUUGGUCCCCCCUGUGGCCACCCCUCCAAAAGGAAGAGCCCCCCCUCAAAACACAUACACAGUAUUUGACUCAACAACUGGACUCACAAUCUAGUAUUAAAUUCUGUUACUGA